GCCCGGCGGGGACGGGGCUUCCGGGUGGCGGCGGAGGGAUGGAGUCGGCGGCGGGGGGAGGCGGAGGCGGCUUCCGUGCCAGCGUGACCCCGCUGCCAUCCCACAGAGCACCAGCACUGCCGCUACAACCCUCUGCGGGAUGAGUGGGUGCUGGUGUCCGCGCACCGCGUGAAGCGGCCCUGGCAGGGACAGCUGGAGAAGCCCCCCCCCGAGGACGUGCCCCGCUGGGACCCCAAGAACCCUCUCUGCCCUGGGGCCACCCGGGCCAAUGGCGAGACUCCAUUUCUCACCCCUACAGGUGAACCCACACUAUGAGGGCACCUUUGUCUUCCCCAAUGACUUCCCCGCGUUGCAGCCUGAUGCUCCCGAGCCUGAUGAAGGUGACCACCCUCUGUUCCGAGCAGCAGCUGCCCGGGGUGUGUGCAAGGUGAUGUGCUUCCACCCACACUCCGACCUGACGCUGCCCCUCAUGUCGCUGCUGGAGAUCCGGGCAGUGAUUGAUGCGUGGGCAGAGCUGGAGGCAGAGCUGGGGGCCUCCUACCCCUGGGUGCAGAUCUUCGAGAACAAAGGGGCGAUGAUGGGCUGCUCCAACCCACACCCGCACUGCCAGGUGUGGGCCAGCAGCUUCCUCCCCAACGAGGCACGCCUGGAGGAGCGGACGCAGCGGCAGCACCACAGCCAGCAUGGUGUGCCCAUGCUGCUGGAGUACGCUGAGCAGGAGGCUCAGCGAAAGGAGCGGCUGGUGGUGGAGAACGAGGACUGGCUGGUGGUUGUACCCUACUGGGCCACCUGGCCUUUCCAGACCCUGCUCCUGCCCCGCCGCCAUGUCCUCCGCCUGCGGGACCUGUGUGACAGCGAGAGGGACAGCCUGGCCUCCAUCAUGCGGCGGCUGCUGAUCAAGUAUGACAACCUCUUCCAAGUCUCCUUCCCCUACUCCAUGGGCUGGCAUGGAGCCCCUACAGGCCCCCACCUGCAGGAGGACUGUGGGCACUGGCAGCUCCAUGCCCAUUACUACCCGCCGCUGCUCCGCUCCGCCACCGUCCGCAAGUUCAUGGUGGGCUACGAGAUGCUGGCACAGGCACAGCGGGACCUCACCCCUGAGCAGGCUGCAGAGCGGCUGAGAGCCCUUCCCGAGGUGCACUACAAGCUGAAGCCUCAGUAGACGGUGCGUGGUGCUGCCCAGACCUGAGGUGCAGUGGAGGGCUCAGCCAAGGCCUUUCAGCUUCUUCUGAGCUUCCUCAUGGACUGUGGCUUCCCCCGCCCUUAUCCUGCCACAUCCCUGCACAGUCACAAUGCUGAAGGGUUUGCCUUCCUCCCAGUCUGGUCUUACUGGUGGAACCGGGAGCAGUGCCCAAUAAACCUACAAGCAAAGUGCCUCUGGCUGUGCCCUGCUGGCUUCUGGCCUGUUAGGAGGAACCCCAGCUGCUUGGGGGGGGGUAACCUGGGGGCUGCAGGGGAUGAGCUGCUCGCCACUGUCUCUGCAUUGCCUCCUUGUCCUCCCUGGGGGGAGCUCUGGGCCUGCUGAGCUGCCUUGCAGGCUGAGGAGCAGGAGGCUGCCUCAGGUACAUCCAUCUCCUAGGCAGGGGUGGAGGCUGGCAAACACUGCUCCUGUUCCUUCUCACCAUCUGGGGACACAACCAUCAUCCUGCGUGCCUGGGUACUCAGGAUGCAGAGUGGGGCUGGAUGCAGCGUGUGAGCUGGGGGAUGCAGCAGGCAGCUCUGUGGUCUGCAUCCCCCUGCAGCCCCAUCCACUCUGAUGCCCCACAGCUGUUCCAGGGGUUUGUCCCGUGGGGAUGCCCAGUGCAUGGAGCACCAUCUGCCGCCACAUCCUCAUGCAAUUCUAUUUUAAUUGUCACCAAAGAGCCAUUCUCAUAACUCCCUAAUGAGGCCCAUAGUGUUUUGAAGUCUGAGAGUGGUCCCCUGGGGGCCAGAAAUCUCUUGCAAGCAGGGAGAUUCUCCUCUACAGGACUAAUCUGCUACUUCCAAGACAGCACCUUGUGGGAAGUGCCACGUGUCCCUGUCUAUGCAUUGUUCCCACAUCUCUGCCUGUGGAAGGCUGGAUGCUGUCUCCAUCCUCCCCGUGAUGUCCCCAUACCUCCUCCUGAAGUCCCCAUCACCUCCAGUGUCCCCAUCCUCACUCCUCUGUCCCUAUCCCCUCUAGUGUUCCUGAUGACCCCAUCGCAGAGCCCAUGAGACAUCCCUACCAUAAUUCCACACGUGUCCCCCAUGCCCAGCAGGUCCCAGAAUUUUGGGGAGGAGGUGGUGGAUGGCAGCAUGUCGGGGUGAUGAUCCACCACCCCUGCAUCCCCCCAUUCCCCUUCUUCCUCACAACAAGUGCACGCUCACGGCAAUCACAGACCCUGCCCGGCUCUUCCCCAGGGCCCUGGAAAAGUGGCAAUGAAUUGGCUUAAAUGUGGGAAUCCAGAUUGGGGUAAUUAGCCGCCGAACCGGUUGUAACGAGGCUCGUCACCCCCCUGCACGCGCAGUUAGCUCUGAUUUAAUAGCCCACCGGCUCUCAGCCCGGGCCGCUGUGCGUCAGCCCGGGGCCGUAAAUGAAACUUGCAGUAAGUCAAGCGGUAUUAAACUUUACAGUCACCGUCUUUAAAAACGAGACUCUUUCUCUAAUAAAUCAGAGCAAGUGGGAUUGUAAAUAUCAGGGCAGGAUCUGUAUUGCUUAAUUAAACAGAACCUAAUGAACA